UUCUAUAUUAAAUGAAGUAGCUGAAUCGUACAGAAAUUGAAUAAAAUCUUGUGCAUGAUGCAAUUGUUUAAAUUAGAAAAUAAUAUGAAUAAGUAGAAUCAGAAGAAGUCCCUUAAGAAUUACUUGAGAAUAAAUACUAUAAAGAAUAUGAAUAACUUGAUAAAUUAGAAUUGUUAAAGGAUUAACACAUAAAAUAUUGUACAAAGAGAUUACUAAAUAUUGGAUAUUCCAUUCUUUAUUUAGAUGUAGGAUAACCAUGGUGUAUAUAUUGGCCAUUAAAUGCAUUAUGUAUUUUAUAAGAGGAUGUAUCAAAAUAUGAACAAAAAAUAAUUUAAUAUUUAGAACAAUGCAAGAUUGGUGGUUUUGGAGGUGGUCCAUAUUAAAUUGAACAUUUAGCUCCAACAUAUUCAUCUUUAUUAAGUAUAUAAUAAUAAUGGUAAUGUAUAUAGCAUUAUUCAUUCUUGCAUCUCCAUCUUCUUUAGGAUUAGUUGAUAGAAAAGGAUUAGAGAAAUUCUUUUGGUCUGUCUAAGAUCCAAAUGAAAGAGGAUCUUAUUUAAUGCAUGUGAAUGGAGAAGCAGAUAUGAGAGCUGUUUAUAUAGUGGUUAUUAUGGUGAUCCUUUUAAAAUUAGAGUAUAGAAAUAUCAUAAUUAUAGUCCUAAAUUAUUGGAUGGAUGUGCUGAAUAUAUUGCAUCAUGUUAAACUUAUGAAGGAGGUAUUGGAGGAGUUAGGUAUUCUGAGGCACAUGGAGGAUAUACAUUUUGUGGAUUUGCUGCUUUAGUUUGUAUGCGAAAAGCACAUUACAUUGAUUAAGAAAAACUAUUAUAUUGGCUAGUUAAUAGAUAAAUGGAAAAUGAAGGAGGUUUUAAUGGUAGAACAAAUAAAGUUGUAGAUGCAUGUUAUUCAUUUUGGUAAGGAGCUAUUUUCAAUCUCUUAAUCUUAUCUGGCUAUCUAAAUCAAUAAUUAAUGAAUGUAUAUGAAUUAUAGAAAUACAUUCAUAUAUGUUAAAGUCCUACUGGAGGAAUCUUUGAUAAACCUAGUAAAUCUCCAGAUGCUUAUCAUACAUCCUAUGGAUUAAGUGGAUAUUCAUUAUCAGAUAACCAAUUUUUAAAUCCAAUUUAUAAUAUUCCAAAUAAAUCCAUAGAAUUUGUGAGAUAAUUCUUUUAAUGAUUUUUUUAUUUAAAAUCAUUGCAUAAAUGUAUUUAU